AUGCUCAAGAAAUACGAAGAACGGGAGCCUAGCGAGCCCCAACAGGUGUCAGUUGUCACAGAGGUUACCGAGAACAUCACCGAAGGACAAGACGACGAAGUGAAUCCUAUGCCAGUACUGAACCUGCAUCGCACGCAGUUUUGCACCAAUGUCAACCUUUCCACAGACCUUACUGCUGAACAGGAUAAGGAAGUGGAAUGCUUAUUGGAAGAGUAUGCCGACAUUUUUUCAGACCUGCCUGGAAAGACUGCGCUCGUAGAGUGUUCCCUUCGUCUUACAUCCGAUAAACCGGUGCACGUCCCUCAGUACCCUAUACCAUUUGCCUUGCAAGAAAAGGUCGAAAACGAAGUGCAAGAGAUGCUGAAGUUGGGUAUCAUUGAGAAGUCUAAGUCGCCGUACCACGCACCCAUUGUUGUGGUGAAGAAACCAGAGAACACGCUUCGGCUCUGCAUCGAUUUCAGGGAGCUAAACAAGAUACUCAUCCCAGAUUGCGAGCCAAUACCACGCAUUGAUGUUGUGCUUGCGCUUGUUGGUCAAAAGCGGAUUUUUUCCAAAUUUGACUUUACGAAAGGAUAUUGCAAGACCAGGGAAGGGGUAAGAAAUCGGCUGCAGCGAGUGGCCGCGUCACCGGGCACCAAUGCCAGGGAAGCUGUAAGAAAGCGGCAGCAGCGAGUGGCCGCGUCACCGGGCAGCAAUGCCAGGGAAGCGGCCAGGGAAGCGGUAAGGAAGCGGCAGCAGCGAGUGGUCCCGCCACUAGGUAUCAAGGCCAGGGAGGCGGUAAGAAAGCGGCAGCAGCAAGUGGCCGCGUCACUGGGCAGCAAGGCCAGGGAAGCGGUAAGAAAGCGGCAGCAGCGAGUGGCCGCGUCACUGGGCACCACUGCCAGGGAAGCUGUAAGAAAGCGGCAGCAGCGAGUGGCCGCCUCACCGGGCAGCAUGGCCAGGGAAGGGGUAAGAAAGCGGCAGCAGCGAGUGGCUGCGUCACCGCGCACCAAGGCCAGGGAAGCGGUAAGAAAGCAGCAGCAGCGAGUUGCCGCGUCACCGGGUACCAAUGCCAGGGAAGCGGUAAGAAAGGGGCAGCAGCGAGUGGCCGCGUCACCGGGAACCAAUGCCAGGGAAGCUGUAAGAAAGCGGCAGCAGCGAGUGGCCGCGUCACCGCGCAGCAAGGCCAGGGAAGGGGUAAGAAAGCGGCAGCAGCGAGUGGCUGCGUCACCGCGCACCAACGCCAGGGAAGCGGUAAGGAAGCGGCAGCAGCGAGUGGUCCCGCCACUAGGUAGCAAGGCCAGGGAAGCGGUAAAAAAGCGGCAGCAGCGAGUGGCCGCGUCACUGGGCAGCAAGGCCAAGGAAGCGGUAAGAAAGCAGCAGCGAGUUGCCGCCUCACCGGGCAGCAUGGCCAGGGAAGGGGUAAGAAAGCGGCAGCAGCGAGUGGCCGCGUCACCGGGCAGCAAGGCCAGGGAAGGGGUAAGAAAGCGGCAGCAGCGAGUGGCCGCGUCACUGGGCAGCAAGGCCAGGGAAGCGGUAAGAAAGCGGCUGCAGCGAGUGGCCGCGUCACCGGGCACCAAUGCCAGGGAAGCUGUAAGAAAGCGGCAGCAGCGAGUGGCCGCGUCACCGGGCAGCAAGGCCAGGGAAGGGGUAAGAAAGCGGCAGCAGCGAGUGGUCCCGCCACUAGGUAGCAAGGCCAGGGAAGCGGUAAAAAAGCGGCAGCAGCGAGUGGCCCCGUCACUGGACAGCAACGCCAAGGAAGCGCUAGCCCUGCGCGACACGGCUGCAUGGUACGCCACGCCUCCGACAAGGGACAACGCCACCGCAGCGUCACCGGAGGCUUACGUCACCGACGGUAGCGUUAAAACCAAGCUGACAAGCUCGGAGGUUAUUCUUUCGCUACCCGACUGA